AUGCAGCUUCUCCUGCUGUUGCUGUGCGCUGGUUGUUGCUGCAGGGCUCAGGUGUACAACCUCAGCCUGGCGGUGGAUGAGGGGCUACCUCCAGGUACCCUAGUAGGUGAUAUCCGAGCCGGCCUGCCAGAGGGGAGCCCUGGAGAAGGCUUUUUCUUAUCAGAAGAGGACGGAGAGUCCCCGGUGCUGAGAGACUUCCAGGUGGACUCAGAGACCGGCAUUGUGAGGACACUACGAGCCCUGGACAGGGAGAGGAGGGAGCACUACAGUUUCGUGGCUGCCACCCUGCAAGGGGAGGUGGUCCAGGUGGAGAUCCGAGUGAGGGACGUGAAUGAUCACUCGCCCACCUUCCCAGUGCGCUCCCUGCAGCUGCAAGUCUCCGAGCUCACGCCCCCGGGCACCUCGUUCAGACUGCCUGCCGCCUGGGAUCCGGACACCGGAGACCACGGACUCAGGGGCUACUCGCUGUUCAGGGGCAACAGGGGGACAGCGUUUGUCAUCAGGUAUGGGGAGAACAAGCAUGGACGUGAUUCUGCUCUAUAUCCCCUAGAUCUUGUUUUGGUACAAUGGUUAGACCGAGAGGACCAAGAUAGGUAUCAGCUAGUGAUGGAGGCUUUUGAUGGAGGCCAUCCCCCAAGAACAGGAAAACUUAUGAUUGACAUUAUGGUGAUGGAUGCUAAUGACAAUCCUCCAUCCUUUGACCAGGUAGAAUAUCAGGCAUGGGUGUGGGAGAAUACACCAGUGGGUACAUCUAUAUGCACAGUUCAUGCCAUUGAUCCAGAUCUUGACAGUAAUGGGGAGGUGAGUUACAGUCUCCGUUCUGGGGAUGAAUACUUUACAGUGGAUAAAGACAGUGGGGUGGUAAGGGUAAGUCGAACCUUGGACAGGGAACAAAGGGAUUUCCAUCAGUUGGUGGUCCAGGCCAGAGAUGGGGGAAACCAGCCUGAGAUGUCCAGCGUUCUACUCACUGUUAGGGUUUUAGAUGUUAAUGAUAACAAUCCUUAUAUACAGAUCACCCUACUCACAGAAAGUGGGCGACCAGAGGUAUCCGAAGGUGCCCGCAUUGGUGAGUAUCUAGCCAGAAUUUCUGUGUCAGACCCUGACUUGGAGUCUGAAGAGCAACAGAGGGAAAAUAGUGAACUAGAAAUGCAAGAGGGUACAGGAAAGCAUGUCUCUGUAACUCUGGAGGGUGGUGAGGGUUUUUUUUCUCUUCGUCCUGUUGGAUCCCAGCUUUUUUUCCUAUGUGUGGAGGCUCCAUUGGAUCGUGAGAUGAAAGAUCUCUAUGAGCUACUGAUAAUUGCCAAAGACUCAGGUUCCCCUCCUUUACAAAGCCAAAAAGUACUGCUUUUGAGGAUCACAGAUUUAAAUGAUCAUCCUCCCAUCUUUAAUCAGCCUGAGGGAUACCAGGCCUCCAUUUCAGAAGCUGCCUCUCCUGGCACAGCUGUGCUUAAACUGAGUACCCAGGACUUGGAUGAGGAAGGCCCAAACUCCAGUGUUACAUACACUCUGAAAUCCAGCCCCUAUUCCCUAGUCUUCUCACUUGACCCACAUACUGGGGUCCUUAGUACCAAUGGACCUUUGGAUCAUGAAGAAGAAUCUGUGCUGCACUUGCUGGUAGUGGCAACAGACCAUGGUAGCCCUCCUCUUUCUUCAAGUGCUCAAGUUAUAAUCAUGGUGGAGGAUGUCAAUGACAAUGAGCCUGUAUUUUUGCAGCAGUUCUAUAAUGUUACCUUGCAGGAGCAUACAUCUUUAGGACAUUGCUUUCUCCAGGUAAAAGCUACUGAUUCAGACUCGGGUCCAUUUGGUCGAAUUCAUUAUAGCAUAUACGAUGGGUUUCACAACUCCAAAGAGUCUCAAAACUUUUGUAUUGAUCGAGAGACUGGACAAAUCUGUGUUUCACAAGACAUAGACCGGGAAGGUCAGCCUGAAACCUAUGACCUUCAAGUGAAAGCACAAGAUGAGGGUGGCUUAAGUGCUCAAGCCUUUGUUCGAAUUGAUAUUGAAGACAUAAAUGAUAAUGCCCCUAUAUUUGAACCUACAACAUAUAUGACAAGCAUCAGCAGCCAUACCCAACCAGGAACAGAGAUCCUUAAUGUCUUGGCCACUGACAGAGAUGAAGGGAUCUUUGGGGAAGUGACAUAUGAACUCCUUCCUGGAGAACGGUCGUCCUUUUUUAGUAUUGAUUCAUCCACAGGAAUUAUAUAUUUGAUCACCGCUCUUAGCCACCUGGAAGAUUCACGGAUGUUGUUGUUGGUUUCUGCACGAGACAAAGGUGGUCUUCCAUCUGCUGUGAACGCCGUUGUCACACUAAAUGUUGUAAAGACUGCUGUAGCUCCUGCAAUAUUUGAAAAGUCCCGUUACACAUUUUUCAUUCCGGAAGAUGCUCCAAAAGGUAGUGCAGUUGGGACAGUGAAAGCACGGGAACCCUUAAAUUCUAUGGAACCAGUUUCAUAUAAAAUAUUAUCCGGGGAUCUUCACGAUAUGUUCACCAUAAACUCUCAGUUUGGUAUUAUUAAAACCAAAAAAGAACUGGAUCAUGAAUCUCAGCCACUUGUGGUGCUUAUUAUACAGUCUCAAUUAGGCAGCUCUUCAGCCUUCAGCACAACUCAAGUCAAUAUCAGUGUAACGGAUGUUAACGACAACUCGCCACAUUUCCCUGUGGAGAAUGAAAGAAUACGCAUAUAUCAGAAUAGUCUACAUGGCACUGUGUUGUAUAUAGCACAAGCAAAGGACCCUGACAGUGGACACAAUGGAUUAAUUUCAUACAGCAUUGCCGGCGAAAAACAAGAUAUGUUUAGCAUCCACCCAAGUCUGGGAAUUCUGUACCUCAAUUCCACCUUAACAAUGGCUUGUGAGCAUGUUCUUAUGAUAAUAGCUGAGGACAAUGGACACCCAGUCCUAAGUUCCCUUCUUACAUUAACUAUUAGUGUGGAAAAACAGGAAAAUGUUAAUGUGCUGACCUUUGGAAACUUGGUACAUCAGAUUGAGAUAAGCGAAAAUUUCCCUGUAAAUUCCAGAAUACUUCAAGUCAAAGCCUAUAUUUUGGGCGCUCAAAGCCUUUCGCCUAAAAUAGUUUAUUCUUUAAACCCCAUCGUUGGUUCGGUUGCGUUUGGAAUCCAUCGGAGUACAGGGUGGAUAUUUCUACGCCGUUCUCUGGAUUAUGAGAAUACAAAAAUGUACAAUCUUGAAGUGUUUGCAAAGUGCACAGACAAUGGUGAGGAGCUAACUGCAGCCACAUCUGUAAUUGUAAAUGUGUUGGAUGAAAAUGAUAACUCCCCUGGGUUUAAUGAGGAUAUUCACUUCUUCACUGUCGAGGAAAGUCCUGUUCCACAAGGUGUGAUUGGAAGAAUAAGCGGAAUUGACAAAGAUAUAGGGAAAAAUGGGCAACUUUCAUAUUUCCUCUUGUCAGAAGGCAAUCAUUUUCAGAUUAGUGCAACAACAGGAGAAAUUAUAAACUGCGCUGCAUUAGACCGUGAGCAGCACACUCAGCAUAAGCUUAAUGUUCUAGUGACUGACCAUGGCACACCACGUCGUAACGCCACUACCACUGUCUACAUCACAGUGAGGGACCUGAAUGAUAACAAGCCAUAUUUCCCGCAGCUGACUGCAGGCAAGCAGCUACGAAUCAAGGUUGUAGAAGGUCAACCAGGACAAAUAUUGGUGGCUGCUCUAUAUGCUAAGGAUCCAGAUCUUGGCAAAAAUGGCUCAGUUGUGUACUCAUUGUCUGCAGAUGACACCUUUGGUCAUUUUAUUAUUAAUUCCAGUAAUGGUGAAAUACGGACAACCCAGGCUCUUUCUAUAAAGGUAAAAUCCCAUUACCGGCUGAUAGUCACAGCAAGUGACCAAGGGACCCCUGCCCUACAGGAAUAUGCCGUUCUUAAUAUUGAGGUAAUUCCGGUAGUUAAAGAAAGAUCAAAGCUUUUUCCAGAAGUGAUAACAUUUAAGAUUCCAGAGAAUGUUACACCUGGACAAAUGAUUGCUUCUAUAAAGCCAGACUAUGACACAUCUUUACCGAAUAAAAAACUGCUAUACCACAUAGUCAGUGAAGACCAAGGGGGGCAUUUUGUUAUUGACAGUUCCAACGGAGAUGUUUAUCUAGCCCGUCAAUUAGAUUAUGAGACAAACCCUCACUACCUCUUAAGCAUCAACAUACAAGACAACAACUGGUCUCCACCUCAAAAUCAUUCCGUUUAUCUUAAAGUUGACAUAGAGGAUACAAAUGAUCAUUCCCCAUUGUUUCCUGAUCAUAUUUUGGUGUUAGCUGUCAGUGAAGCUGCUCCUGCUGGAACUGUUGUCUAUACAUUUAAGGCAAAAGACGGUGAUGGCGGUUUUCCGAACAGCAAAAUUAAGUAUUCUCUAAGUGCUGAUGAGACGGCUAUAAAUCCUUUUACUCUUCACGAAUGGGAAGGCACCUUGAUCACAGCCAAAGAACUGGACAGAGAGACAAUGGAAUCUAUCGUACUUACAAUAAUUGCAACAGACCAGGUUGUAAACAUAACACAGCGCCGAGUUAGCUCACUGACUGCUCAGAUUAUCAUAAAAGAUGUCAAUGACAAUAGUCCGUACUUCGUAUCAUUGCCUGUUGCUUCUGUCAUGGAGGAUGCAUCGAUUGGCUCCCUCAUACAUCACAUUGUGGCUGAAGAUCCAGAUGAAGGCAGGAAUGGAAAAAUUACGUUUCAUAUAAUAGAAGGGAAUUCAAAACAAGCCUUUUGGUUGGAUGAAAGGACAGGGUGGUUGACUUUAUGUUCCCCAAUAGACCGUGAGCUGCAGAGUCAUUACGUUUUGACAGUUCUAGCCCUGGAUGAUGGAACUCCUAGGCUCUCUGCCACUCAGACUUUGACCGUCACUGUUAUUGAUGUAAAUGAUGAGUCUCCAGUGUUCUUGAAACCUUUGUAUGAAGCUACAGUUCCUGAAAACCGGGAUCCUGAAAUCUAUGUAAUGAAAGUAGAAGCAGUGGACUUGGAUUCAGGAAUAAACUCUCUACUCACAUAUCAGAUUGCCCCAGGCCCAGCACAUGCGCUUUUCAAGAUAAACGCACACACCGGAGAAUUAGUGACAGCAACCACGUUUGACCGAGAGGAACAGGAGAACUUCUUCAUCAAAGUGCUGGUAACAGAUGGUGGCUUCCCAUCAUUCUCCAGUACAACAACCAUUAUGAUCACGGUCCUGGACGAAAAUGAUAAUGCCCCAGAGCUUUUACUUCCUGAUGCGGAGAUUCAGGUCCCAGAGAACCAAGAAUUGGGAAUUAUCCACACAAUACUGGCUCUAGACAGGGAUUCUGGCAACAAUGGGAAGGUCCACUUCCAAAUAAUUGGUGGGAACACGGGAGAAUAUUUUGCCAUUAAUAACACAUCAGGGGAGCUUUGGGCCACCCGCAGUUUAGAUAGAGAGCAUGUCAGCAAUUUUACCAUUAUCGUGGAAUGCCAUGACCUGGGCAGCCCCCGGAAAAGCACCACAGCCAAACUGCACAUUACCGUUUUGGAUGAAAAUGACAAUCCACCUACGUUUUCUAAGAGCCAGUAUCGCACAUCUGUGAGGGAGGACUUAACUGUUGGAUCUGUGGUUCUCAACCUUUCAGCUUCAGAUGUAGAUGAAGGCUUAAGUGGAGAAAUACGAUAUUCUCUAAUUGAUGACACUCAAGGCUUUUUUAGUAUUAACAGUACAACCGGCAGUAUUGUGACAACAAGGGUGUUGGACAGAGAACUUAAGCAUCAAUAUACAUUCAGGGUGAUGGCAUGUGACUGCAGUACUACUGGGCCAAAAAGUUCUACGGUUAAAGUACUUGUACAUGUCGAGGAUAUAAAUGAUAACAGCCCUGUUUUUUCUGUUAACCCUGUCCAUGUCGUUAUUACUCCCGAUAUCUUGGUCAAUGAAACUAUUGCCACGCUACAUGCAAGUGAUGCAGACCUUGGGUUGAGUGGCACAGUGGUGUUCAAUAUGGUACCAACCAAUCCAUUGUUUCAUGUUAACAAAGAAACUGGAGAGGUCAAACUCCAAAUACCUCUGCCAUCUGAUUUUAGGAGUGUCAAUCUCAAAGUGGAGGCUUCAGAUCUUGGCUUUCCAGCAAAGACAACUGUAGGUCUUGUGGAUAUUAGCAUACAAGACCUAGAACAAGAAAUAUCGUUUGUGAGAAGUGUCUAUGAAGCAAUUGUCCUGGAAAACAGUGAACAAGGUCAGUUCAAAGUGCAGCAGUAUAGUCCAGAAUUUGUGGGUACAACAGUCAUUACAGUAGCGGCACAUCACCAUAGACCAAGUGUAGAAACUAUACAUUAUAGCAUUUUUAGUGGAGACGAAGGAGAAGCCUUUACAAUGAAUUCUGUAACAGGGGAGCUCAAGGUGAAAGACCCAACUUUCCUGGACUUUGAACUCAGAAAUAAAAUGAACCUGGUUGUUUCUGCUGAAACACACACAUUUGUGAUUUACUGUAGUGUGUUAAUCUUAAUUCAAGAUGUGAACGAUAAUCCACCAGUAUUUGAUAGAAGUCAUCACAUAACCUCGGUACUGGAAGGUCAGGUCCAUAAUACCUUCAUAAUUCAGGUUUUUGCCGUAGAUGCAGAUUCUGGAAUAAAUGGGCAGAUAGAUUACUCUAUAACAGGAGGUAAUGAAAAUAAUGCAUUUACCAUUGAUUCACGGCAAGGCACUCUUUCAACAAAUGCAAUCCUUGAUCGGGAAAUUAAAUCAUCGUACAGGCUAGUUCUUCAGGCAACUGAUCGAGGUUCUCCUAGCCUUUCGGCAACAUGUGAAGUAUUAGUGCUGGUUGUGGAUAUCAAUGAUAAUGCACCUACUAUCCCACCGCUGGAAACGGUGUUCAUUGCUGAAAAUUCUGCACCUGGUUUCACUGUGACACAUAUAGCAGCCAAUGACGUGGAUCUGACACCUCUGUUAUUGUACAGCUUCACAGAGGAUGGAAAUCCUGGGAAGCAAUUUGCCAUUGACAGAUGUAAUGGAAUCGUGACUCUAAUUGCUCCAUUGGAUUAUGAGGAAACAUCUCAAUAUAAUCUGAGAAUUCAGGCAUCUGAUACAGUACACCAGACAGAGGCUGAACUCACAAUCAAGGUUAUAGAUGUAAAUGACAAUCCACCAGUAUUUACUCAAGAAUCCUACAAGGUCACCGUACCUGAAUUGACAGCACCAGGAACAUACCUUAUAUCAGUAUCUGCUACUGACAGAGACACAGAAGAAGAGGGCUCCAUUACCUACAGAAUCAUUUCGCCAUUAAGUGGCUUUAUAAUAAAUCCAAUCAGUGGUUCUGUGCGUACUAGUAUGCCGGUGGAAAUGAAAAACAAGAGAACAGUGCUUCAUGUCUUUAUAGAAGCUGAAGAUAAUGGAAAUCCCUCUUUGGCUUCCACUGUCGUUCUUGAAAUACUGAUCCAUGACAUAAACAACUAUGCUCCAAGAUUUUCUGAGGAAAUUUACAGGAUUAGUGUGAGUGAGGACACAUCACUUGGAGAUACAGUGCUCACUUUCACAGCUACAGAUCUGGACUGGACGCAUGAAAAUGCUAACAUUGACUAUUCUCUUGUCAGUGGCAAUACACACAACCUGUUUUAUGUGGAAAGCAGUGGAGUUUAUUCCCAGUCUCCUUUCACAGUUGUUGGGAAACUUAUUAUAAAUGGUAUUCUAGACUAUGAAUCAGCACCCGCUCACAAGCUAGUCUUAGAAGCCACGGAUCAAGGCUUUCCUUCAUUAAACUCCAGCGUCACCAUAUUUAUAUCCAUCAUUGAUUCCAAUGAUAAUUCGCCAGUAUUUGAAAACACUGAGUACCAUGUCAGUGUUAAAGAGCACCAUCCGGUGAAUAGUGGUGUUGCCACUGUUUCGGCAACAGAUUUCGACACAGGCAAUAAUGGACAAAUUACAUAUAGCAUUGUGUCUGGAAAUGAUGGGGGGUUCUUUACAAUUGACGAGGAAAAUGGUGUAGUUAUUUUAGUGCAGAAUCUGGAUUAUGAAGAAACCAGGACAUUUAUUUUAACUUUACAAGCUACUAAUGGAUGGGGCAGCCAAAGAAAUGUGGCUUUUUCAGUACUGACUAUAACCAUUUUGGAUGACAAUGACUUUUCUCCGAAGUUCAUUUUCAACAGCCUAAGCUGCAGCUUAUAUGAAAAUGUUCCCUCCUUUACACCUGUAUGUUCAGUUAAUGCAAUAGACUUGGAUUCUGGGCCCUUUGGGGUCCUGAGUUACUCCAUACAGUCUUCAUGCCUAAAUGACCCAAAAAAUCAAGAUAUCUUUUUCAUAGACUCAUUAACUGGUGAUAUUUAUACAAAACACAAAGUGGAUUAUGAAACACAGAACAGAUAUUGCCUUGUUAUUCAGGUAAAAGAUAAAAGUGAAGCCACUGCCUGUGUUUUAGUUUACAUUGACAUUGAGGGAGAGGAUGAAUUUCAACCUGUUUUCUACCAGAAUGACUAUUCAUUUGACUUACCAAAAGAAAAUAAACCGGGACAAGAAAUAGGCAAAGUAGAAGCUUCAGACAUUGACGGUGGUCUUGACGGAGUAAUAUGGUAUUUCCUUGAAAAGCCCUCACAGUUUUUUUCUAUUAAUGCAACCAGUGGAAUCAUAUACUUAACAAGGAGUGUACACAAGAAGAGAAGUAACACAAAGAAAAAUGAUGAAAUUCUAGAGUUAUAUGUUAAAGCUCAAAGUCCAAAAUUUUAUUCCAAGGCAUCGACCUGUACCGUGCGAGUUAACAUUUCCUCAGCUCUCGAAGGUUACCCUGGCAUGUCAGCGAACAUACUUUCCAUUAGUUUCAGCAUUUCCUUUGUGGUUUUCUUGCUUUUGGCUAUAAGCCUUAUUGGAAUUAUUCUAAGAUAUAAACGAAAAGAUGCUGUAAAUGCUUGUGGGAUGAAAGAAAUCGCCAUUCCUCCACUUCCUAAUUCCAGUGUCAAAGACAGUAUCUCAGAUGAUUGUCCAAAAUAUGAAAAUAUUAAAAGCAUUGUUGCUCCAGAUACCUCUGAGUGGUUGGGGUUAGUUGGCAUCAGAGAAAAGAAAGAUACAGGAAACAAAUGUAGGAAUUCAGACUCAAGUGGUCAUGGUUCAACAGAAGGGGAAACUGCCGAAGAUGAAGAAAUCAAAAUGAUCAAUGAAUAUCCUCUUAGAAAAGAAACGGGCUCAGUGUUAAGUGAAAGAGCUUCUCGAGUUCCAGACUCGGGUAUUCCAAGAGAAUCAGAUUUGCUCUCAUGUGAAUCCAGUGAAACAGAUAUAGUGAUUGGGGCAGAAAGCACAGAGAACAUAGUCAUCCUCAAAGAGGAAGAUGGCACAGUUGAUCAUGAGAGACAUUUUAUUUGUGAAAAAGAAUUAUCACCUUCACAUCACAAAACUGAAAAAAACGAGUCAGAUAAAAACUCACCCCCAGAUGCCAAACAGGAAUAUAUAUUUGUCCCUGCUUCAUAUGACUCCAGAUAUGGAUCCCUUGCAUCUUUGGUAGCUUCUGAUGAGGACCUAAGAGGAAGCUAUAACUGGGAUUAUCUCCUUAGCUGGGAGCCGAGAUUUCAGACUCUUUCUUCUGUCUUCUGUGACAUUGGAAGGCUGAAAGAUGAAAAAAUGCACAAGCAUGGCUUGCCCAAACACAAAAAACCUUUCAUCUUUCCACCGCCACUCAUUACAUCAGUAGCACAGCCUGGCAUCAGGGCAGUUCCACCGCGAAUGCCAACUAUAAUGUCUGGGCAGCCAUUUAUGAAAUACCCCCGCUCACCUUUCUUCACUAAUCUUGCAUGCCAGCCUUCUUUUUCCCCUUCUCUUUCCAUGCUAACAGUAAACACUCCAUCAACCUCACCUGUGCAUCCAAACGCAAGCCUUUCAGGAACAUCUGUGCCUACACUGUCUGAAGAACUUUUAAUGCAACAAGAAUUUCAAGUCUGAAGUAGUAUGCCAAGCAAUGUUAAAGAACAGAACUUGAGAGUGCCAUAUAAGGCACACAUAAACUGAUCCAUUUGAAUUUACAAAAUUUUUAAUAUUUCUAUAACCUAAACGGAUUGGUAUAUAGGAAUUCUUAGCCAAUCAAAAAAUGAUGUGGUCAGUAAUUGUAUUUUAUAAAUCAGGAAGGCUUUCUGCAUUGAAUGUAAGCAACUCAUUCUUUACUAUUGAUAACUCAAUCAAUGGCUUUUGAAAUGCAUGCACCCUGCUCAUUAAAAGAAAGCAUUGGUGCAAGUGUUGAACUCAGCCUUACCGGCCAGUAAUGACCAGCAUUUAUUUAUGUUACAUUACACGGUGAUAUUGAUGUAUUUAUAAUGACUACAUGGACACAAUAUUAUAUUGUAUAUAGUCUUUGCAAAAUAUACCUAAAUUAAAUUCACAUACACUGAGUAAAUAUUCUAAAGCUCUGCAUUCAUGGCAAACGCCUUCAGAAAUUAAGCCAGUGUAAACAAAGGAUUAUACCACAGUUAAAUACAAUAUAUAGUAGUGGCGCCACCAAAGAUCACAGCUGGAACCAUUGUAUGUAUGUAUGACACAUGACAACUGAUUUAAUUAACGUCAGAACUAAAAUAAAAUUACAGCUUAUUACUGGACCUCCAGGACAAGGUUUGUUCUUUGGCCGGGAGGGGGGUGCAGUUUGUCAUCUGGCUCUGUCCGUUUAUUAUGCCAGUGCUGCCCACUCUGCAGCCCAUUCAACUCUAUUGGAGGCUUUUACUUCUAUAAGCCCCUUCUGCCUCCAAAUUCCAAGUAUGAUUACUGCUUACCAUAUAUAUUCGUUUUUGCCAUACUACCUA